UUCAAUGUGAAAAUCCGGACACACACAUUUUGAUAACUGAGUCAAUGAGUAUCUGUGAAAAUGGCGCUUGGUCACACACAGACGACCCAGAGUGCGCGAUACGUUGUCCAGUCCUAGAGGCUCCUGAAAAUGGCGUUAUGAUAGGAGACAAGUUCUACAGACAACAAGUUUUGCUGUUUUCUUGUAAUGAAGGAUAUAAAUUAAGCGGCAGCAGACGUCGAGUAUGCAACGGAGCUGGUAGAUGGAGUGGAAAAGAAGCGUCCUGUAGUCUGUUAGUAACCUGUCCAGAGAUUUUUGCUCCUGAGAAUGGUAACAUCGAAGGUGAUAAAUUUUUCCUGAACCAAGUGGUGACAUUCACGUGUGAUGAAGGUUUUAUAUUGAAAGGAAGUCAACGAAGAAGAUGCAACGCGACUGGACAGUGGACGGGAAUAGAAACGUACUGUGUGGACCCAAACAAAUCUCCGUGUGUAUUGCCACUCCCACAAACUGCCGUCAUCAUUUUAACAUCUACCGGUGAAAUUAUUGACCCCGAGGUACAACGACGAGUGGAUCAUGGGACACAGGUGGAGUUCAGAUGCGCUUAUCCUGAAACAUACACACUUGUAUCCGAAUCAACAAGCGUCUGCAGCAAUGCUGACUGGUCACAUACUACCAAUCCACGAUGUGUAAUUCGUUGUCCUGAAAUAUUUGCUCCUGAGAAUGGCUCCAUCGAGGGAGACAAGUUUUAUCUCAACCAAGUGGUGAGGUUUACAUGCGAUGAAGGUUUUAACUUGAAGGGAAGUCGACAAAGAAGAUGUAACGCAACUGGAAAUUGGACGGGCAUCGAAACAUACUGCAUGGAUCCAAACAAAAGCCCUUGCAUAGUGCCACGUCCACAGACUGAUGUUGUUAUUGCAUUAAGUUCUGGAGAGGUAAUUGAUCCUGCGAUCACAAGGAGGGUUGAUCACGGGACACGCCUCGAAUUUAAAUGUCUUUUCCCUGAACAGUUCGCACUGACAUCUGAAGAAAGUAGUAUGUGUAACAAUGGUGACUGGACUCAUACGUCUACCCCGAGAUGUGUAAUUCGUUGUCCUGAAAUAUUUGCUCCUGAGAAUGGCUCCAUCGAAGGAGACAAGUUUUAUCUCAACCAAGUGGUGAGGUUUACGUGCGAUGAAGGUUUUAACUUGAAGGGAAGUCGACAAAGAAGAUGUAACGCAACUGGGCAUUGGACGGGCAUCGAAACAUACUGCAUGGAUCCAAACAAAAGCCCUUGCAUAGUGCCACGUCCACAGACUGAGGUUGUUAUUGCAUUAAGUACUGGAGAAGUAAUUGAUCCUGCGAUCACAAGGAGGGUUGAUCACGGGACACGCCUCGAAUUUAAAUGUCUUUUCCCUGAACAGUUCGCACUGACAUCUGAAGAAAGUAGUACGUGUAACAAUGGUGACUGGACUCAUACGUCUACCCCGAGAUGUGUUAUCAAAUGUCCAGAAUUAUAUCCACCUACCAAUGGAAAAAUUAUAGGUGAUCGUUUUUACUUAAACCAAGUUGUUCGGUUUACGUGUAAUGAAAAUUUCGUCCUAGUUGGAAGCAGCCAAAGAAGGUGUGCAUCAACAGGCGAAUGGACAGGGGGAGAAACAUCUUGCAGAGAUGUUAAUAAGGGACCGUGUGUCGUGCCUCGCCUCGGAAAUCAAGUAAUCAUGGUAACGACUUCGGGCGAGAUUGUUGACAGAGCUCAACAACCUAGAGUGGAUCAUGGCACAGUUGUAGAGUUUAGAUGUGAGGACCCAGCUACUCACACCUUGGUUACAGAGCCAACGAGUAUAUGUGACAAUGGCUCAUGGUCACAUUCAGAAAACCCUAAAUGCUUCAUUAACUGUCCAAUCUUGGAAGCUCCGGAGAAUGGCGUUAUAAUAGGAGACAAAUUCUAUAGACAACAAGUAUUGAGGUUCUCUUGUAACGACGGUUAUAAACUGAGCGGUAGUAGUCGCCGUGUAUGCACCGGGACCGGUGAAUGGAGCGGCAAAGACGCAUCUUGCUCUAGUAUCAUAGAUACUUCAUGUGGUGAUCCGGGUGACAUUGUGAAUGGAGAACGAAGUGGAAACAAUUUUAACAUCCAGGAUACGGUAACAUACACGUGCAACGAAGGGUUUACUCUUUUAGGUUCAUCGACGUUGAUGUGUUUGCCGAUUCUUCGGUGGUCAAACGAGGCUCCGACAUGCGUUAAGGUUGAUGAAUGCAGAAUACCUGCAAUUGAUAAUGCUGACGCAACAGUAUAUAGUCCCUUCAGCUAUGGGAUACCAGUUGGAAAAGGUAGCAUCGUAAGUGUCGGGAGUAUUUUGCUAGUCAGGUGUAGAUCUGGUUAUAUUGUCAAGUCAGUCACGCCUGGGACGGUCCAAAUAGCAACGUGUACAUAUACAGGGUGGAACAGGACGAUAUUAAGUUGCGCCUAGGCCCAAUUUGAAGUUUCUGACUGACAUGAACGCAAUCCAGUGAAGUUUAUAAUGCGUGUGUUAAGAUAGGAAUCAUCUGAAAGUACCGCGAUGUAAUGAUGAUAGAUAAUAGGUAUUGAAAAUAGCAUUUGAUAAAAAUAGUAACUGAUAGGAUAUUCUUAAAAGGGUGGAGUAUGAAUGCACAAAGAGAUGAAAACAGAUAUUAAUACAGUUUAUACAGUACAGUAUUUUACGUUUUGAUUACAGAAACUGGGCUAGGUGCGAAUACUUGUAUUUUAAAAUUCGUUUCUUAUUUCAUAAAAUAUUUGAUUGGAUUUCAGAUUUACAAAAAAAAAAAAAAAAAAAUUUUCUACUACUUAGUUGAUAUGAUUAAAUUACUUUAAUAGCACUAUUGAUUGGGUAUUUUUUUCCAACAAUCAAUAAGCAAGGCUCUCUAUAGAGGCAAGGUCCGAGUUACACUGAACGCAAUUUCAGUGCGUGUCUUCCAGCUUAUAAAAUAUUUGCAAUAGCCAAAAAAAAAAAAAAAAAAA